AUGUUUCCUGUGUUCAUCUUCAAUUCUGCAUUCAGUACGCAAACUAUUGUAGGAACUGCGGAUUACAAGAUUGAUACAUUAAAGGAUGUUAUCAGCCAGGGCAGAAUACCAUUUUUCCUUGAAGGUAUAUCAAUGUACGACUUCUUUAAAGGCAAAGUUAGCAAAGAAUAUGAUGAUAUUUAUAAACGUAGCGUUUCUGAAGGAUUUGGUGAAGCCUUUCAAUUAGGACCUGUUCCUGUAUUUGAAAAGAGUGAAUUGAUGGUCACUUUCCUAUCAAGUGUUGGCAGAAAACUAGCUCCAUUAAUGAGUUUGGUGUCUGGUUAUGGCAAAAUCAAUCAAGAGCAUUACUUUUCAGAGAAGCCUUUUCAUAAAUCUUUGCGAGCUAUACUUUUUAGCCAUAAUAUAUCUAAGCCCAUCAGAAAAAGUGCUGAUAAACUGGCUCGUCGAGUUAUCCAAAGUGGAAUCGUCCCAAAACUAGAAGGAGAUAUUUACAUCGAGUUCAUACUUUCUUUUUAUCCAACUACCUUAUUCGAGUUUCACAAAUCUGAAGUUCCUCGAAAAAUAAAUGACUUCACUUGGAAACCAUUAAGUUUUAGUGGAUUCUAUCAGAUAUUUUAUAUUUAUAUCUUAAUAUUGAUACUGAUAACAUUUGUUGCACUCAUUGAAAUCAGUAUUGGUUUUUUCUGUACUCAUAAAAUGAAAUAA